AUGAUAAAUGAUGGUUUGCCUAAGAAGAAAAAAAACCAAACCUGGAUAUUUGUCACAUUUGAAACUCCAUACACGACACAAAAUACCUACGGGAGUUUUCAAUUCGACUGGACAAUGUCUUAUCGACAUGAUGCUGAUGUUUUCUCGCCAUAUGGAAUAAUCAAAAUACGUUCUAGUCCCAAAGGAAAAGAUUAUGCGUCUAUAUAUUCAAGAAAGACACACAAUGUUGUAUGGAUAGCUAGUAACUGUAAUACAGUUUCAAAAAGGAAGUCUUACGUACUUCAGUUAGCAAAGCACAUCGAUGUGGAUAUUUAUGGCAGAUGUGGCCAUUUCUCAUGUCCGGGUACUCUCUUUGAAUGCAAGAAGAAACUGAGUGAAAAAUACAAAUUUAUCCUAUCUUUCGAAAACUCUUUGUGUAAAGACUACAUGACUGAAAAAAUAUUUUCCAUCUAUGGUGAUGAUGUAAAUAUCAUCCCUAUAGUAAGAGGUGCACCGAACGUUGCUUUAGAAUCAGCAAAGAAAGCUCAUGAAAAGCAGAAAGAACAAUAUGACUUGAAAGUUAGAGGAACUGUCGUAGAAAAAGGCGUUACAGUACUAGGUAAAGAUUGUUGA